CCACCCUGGCCCAAGCCAUCUUGGCGCGAACGCUGGGGCCCUGUGCCGCCGCGAGGGGCAUGGGCCGCGCCCUGCUGGCCUGGCUCUGCGCCGGGCACGCCGCGCAGGCGUCGCCGGACCGGCUCUGGCAGGCGGCGGCCGACGGCCAGCUCGGCGUGUUCGCCGCCCGGCCGUUCCGAGUGGCGAGUGGUGGAGCGCUGCUACUGCCUCCCCGUGCGCACCGCCGACCUGCCCGCCGGGGCCGCGCAGCUGCGGCCGUGGCUGGUGCGGGGGCGGGCGGGCGAGGGCGCGCCGCGGCUCCUCCCGCUGGGCUGGGGCCUGCUGUACAACGAGCGCCCGGCCACGGGCGGCGCGGCCAACCUGGCGUGGGAGCACGAGGAGGCCGCUGGCGCCGACGGCCGCCCGCGCAGUUUCCUCGCGCUGAGGGCCACCGCCGCCGUGGCGGCUGGCUCCGAGCUCUGCGCCCCGCGCCGCGGGCGGCCCGGCGGCGGGCCCCCGCUGCGCGACGCGCUCGGCGGCGCGGUGGCGAGGCUGGCGUCCAUGCCGGAGGUGCACUUCGACGAGCGGCCAGAAACCCCGCAGGCCGGCGCCGGCGCGCGGGCGGCGGACCUGGAGGCGGGCGUGCUGCGCAGCCCGAGCGCCUCGGCGGUGGAGGUGGGCUGGUCCGAGGUCCACGGCACUGGCGUGUUCGCGAAGCGGCGCUUCGCGGCGGGCGAGAUCGUCGAGAUCGCGCCCAACCUCCUGAUCCUGGAGGCGGAGGUCGGGGGCGCGUUCCGGGACUACCAGUAUUCCGCGGGCUCCGUGGGGCGGCUGCUCUCGAAGAUCGCGCUGGGCUUCGGGGGCAUCUACAACCACGGCAACGAGCCCAACCUGCACUACCGCAGGGCCUUCUCCGCGCGCUGCGCGCCGGCGCAGCGCUACUGCACCUGCUACGUCGCCCAGAGGGACGUCGAGCCCGGCGAGGAGCUCCUCAUCUCCUACGGAGACGAGUGGUGGGAGUCGAGGGGGGUGGGCGACCGUGCCGCGGCGCGGCCCCAGUUGCUGCUACCGCCCCCCGCGCCGCCAGCAGCAUCCUCAUCCUCAUCCUCCUCCUCAUCUUCCUCCUCCUCUUCCCCCGCUCGCGGGGCGCGGGCACCGCGCCUCCGGGGGCGGGCCAGCGCGGGCAUUGGGGUUGCGCUUCCGCGCCUGCCCCUCGCCGCCACUAAAAAGGCGGGCUGA